ACAAUAUUAUCUGAUAACCAUACACCUCAGGCUGUUGCGUGAUUAUUACAAAAAAAAAAUGGGAUAAAUUGGACGACAGUAUCAUGAAUAAAUCAUCACUUAACAUAAUAUUUUUAAUAGAAUAUCAAGGAAUUAACGUACAAAAUGACUGACAAUACAAAAGAUUACAAACGGCGUACAUUUUCACGAACAGAUACACGAGAGGGGCGAAGUCGCACUCGCUUCAUGAGCAUGCCGGCUCCACCGCCGCAGACAGGGCCUAUGCCAGGCGACAACCAGCCAAAUGUCGCCUACCAGCGCGUCUCCGUGCACGGCAUGCAUACAAGUGGGGUGCCUCUGGAAGAGCUCGAGCGUUCAGCGUCUCUGCUGACAGAGGCGUUGAACUUACGGCGGCAUUACAUGGCACUGGCGGGACAGUCGUUCCAGCCAGACCUGGGGCACGUGCUUGCCACCGUUGACACAAAUGCACCACGCUACCAUGUCUCCAUGAACUUCAGCAAGAUACUCAAGGAGUGGGAUUACGACACUGCCGAAAUGUAUUUGCCAAAGGAAGAUACCUCUGAGGACUUAGCGUUCCCGUUCAAUGUCCAGUCCCUCGUCUCCCACAAUCGCUCCAACACGGGAAUGCCAGUGAUCAACGAGUUGGAAACGGAAGCAACCACCAUUCCUGAACGCGUCAGAUCUUCUGACAGCCAAGAUAAAAUUCCCACGGAACCAACACAAGAGGAGAUGGACUCAUGGGCAUGUUUCACACCUUCCGACAAGCACUACGUGUUCCGUUGGUGUGAGGGUGUGCUGCGUGUCUACCGCAACGAGACAGACGCAGAGGCCGCGCAGCCGCUGCCGUACGAGUGUGUCACCUUCACUAAAUACGUCGAGGACCUGGAUAAGCUCUGCGAGAUGAUCACCGAUGGCCCUUUGUCAUCGUUCUGUUUUCGCCGCCUAUGCUACCUAUUCUCUAAGUUCAAGAUGCAUGUACUGCUCAACGAGAUUCACGAGCAGGCGCUGCAGAAGGCCGUGCCGCACAGGGACUUUUAUAACAUUAGGAAGGUGGACACUCACAUCCACGCGGCGUCAUGCAUGAACCAGAAGCAUCUUCUGCGUUUCAUGAAGCGCGCUCUACGGCAGAGGCCGGGCGAGGUGGUAACAAAGACCGGCGCACGUACUCUCAAAUCCGUUUUCGAGGAGAUGCGCCUCGACGCACACGACCUCAACGUCGAUCUGCUUGACGUUCACGCGGAUCGCAACACGUUCCACCGCUUUGACAAGUUCAAUGCUAAGUACAAUCCGAUCGGUGAGAGCAGACUGCGCGAGGUCUUCCUCAAGACUGACAACUAUAUGAACGGCUUGUAUUUCGCCAGCAUAAUAAAGGAGGUGAUCGGCGACUUAUCGGAGGGCAAGUACACGUACGUGGAGCCCCGGAUAUCGAUAUACUGCAAGAGAAUGGAUGAGUGGUCACGUCUGGCAUCUUGGGCUCUACGGCAUGGCGUCCGAUCACCGCACGUACGAUGGCUCGUGCAGGUGCCGCGUCUCUACGACAUAUAUCGUAACAAGAAGCUACUGAAGAACUUUCAGGAGUUCCUCAGCAACAUGUUUGAGCCACUGUUUGAGGUUUCCAUCAAUCCCAGCUCAAACAUUGAAUUGCAUCAGUUUCUUACGCAAGUGAUAGGUUUUGAUAGCGUGGACGAUGAGUCGAAGCCGGAGAACCCUCAUCCGCAGGAGUGCAUGAGGCGGCCCACUGAGUGGUGCGAUGAAGAGAACCCGCCCUACGCCUACUACCUAUACUAUAUGUAUGCCAACAUGACUGUGCUUAAUCAUAUACGCAGGGAACAAGGUCUGAACACGUUCGUGCUGCGGCCUCACUGUGGCGAGGCUGGCCCCGUGGCGCAUCUCGCUGUUGGCUUCCUGCUCGCUGAGAACAUCUCGCACGGACUUAUACUUAGGAAGUUCCCGGUGAUGCAGUAUUUGUACUACUUGGCUCAGAUCCACAUCGCGAUGUCUCCUCUGAGUAACAACUCACUUUUCCUCCGCUACCACCGCAACCCGCUGCCGGAGUACUUCGCACGCGGGCUGCGAGUCACGCUUAGCACUGAUGAUCCAUUGCAGUUCCAUUUUACAAAGGAGCCAUUAAUCGAGGAGUACAGUAUCGCAGCGCAGGCGUGGAAGCUAAGUUCCUGUGAUAUGUGUGAAUUGGCGAGGAAUUCUGUACUUAUGUCGGGCUUCCCCCAUGAGAUGAAGCAGCGGUGGGUGGGCGAGCACUACCAGCGGUCUGGUGCAGCGGGCAAUGACAUAACGCGCACCAACGUGCCCGACGUGCGCGUCGCCUACAGACACGAGACACUGCUCGAUGAGCUGCGCAACUUGUUUGGUGAAUUGGGUAUGAAAUAAAAGAAGCCGUCUGAAUAAUUAUAAAUAUAUUUACAAUUGAAUAUAUACAUAUCCUUUUAGUACAUUAUGUUAUUCACUA